AUGGGGUUUAAAGGAUUUGUUACAGGAAGUAUCGGCCGUGUUGCCUCAGUGGCUUCUGUAGGAACUGCUGGGGCCAUAGAUGUUGCUAUUCAAUUACUGUAUUCUCAACCAGAUACCAUGGCUCUAUUCAUUAAUGCUAAUACUGCUAACUUAUCAUCCCAUGCUCAUGCUUUCAGAGCCGCUGAAUUGAGUGAAGUGAAGAAAGCAUACAGAGAGAAGGCCAGAAUUUACCACCCUGAUGUCUGUUCACCUGGUGAGAAAGAGAAAUCCAGCGAAAUGUUUCUUUUAGUGCAGGAGGCUUAUGAGAUUCUGUCUGAUCCAAUGCUAAGGGCUAAUUAUGAUUUGAAGCUUCUUUUGAAUCCUCAGUUAUUGUUGUCACAGAAGAGAAAUGUGAAGCAGCAGAACUGGGCAGAGCAGAUUGAAAGUCUUAAAAUGAGGUCCAGUAGUAGUGAGAGGAAGACAUGGGGAGGGAGAAUGCGGCGCUCCAGAGAAUAA